AUGGUGCCCCACUUCGCCGACGUGCUGCAGGCCUUCAACGCCGACCACAUUCAAAGCGCCCGCCCCCUGCACGCCUCCAUGGUCCUGGGCGCCGCCGCAUACCUCGCAAAGAACGGGCACCCUCUGCGGGAGCCUGGGCUUGCGGAGUCGACCGCCGCGGGCGUCCUGGGGCGCUUCUGCUCGCUGCUGCAGGAUGAAAUCCAGAGGGCGGAGGUCACCUGCCAGGACGCGGGUGACGUCAUCUGGUCCCUCUCAACGCUGGGCCUGACCCCGCCCCACCACCAGCUGCGAGCGCUGGCCGAGCGCGGCGCGGAGGAGGACGCCAUCGCAGACAGUACGCCCGCCGCGAUCAGCAAGCUGCUUUGGAGCCUGACCGAGCUCAUCGCCGCCGGCGCGCCGCCCCCGCUGUCGCCCGGGGGCGCCGAGUGGGCGCGGCUAGUGGAGGGAUACUCGCAUGCGGCGGAGGCGCGCGGCUACGACAAGAAAGCGGCGUCCUUCUACAGAGAGGCGGUGUCGCGCCUGUCCACGCCCGGCGGGCGCGGCGGGCAGUGCGUCAGCCGCCAGCUGGCGCAGCGCUGCAUGGCGCAGCUGUCUGUGGGGCGGUGA